AUGUCAGCUCGUCCAUAUGUCGUCCCUGCGCUCAAAAAGCACACUGCGACUGUGAUCAUGGCCCACGGCCUUGGUGACAGUGGCGCCGGCUGGAUGGCUCUUGCCCAGAAUUGGCGUCGUCGUGGUAAGUUCGAGGAGGUUACUUUCAUCUUCCCGAAUGCGCCAAACAUCCCAAUCACAGUGAACAUGGGAAUGAAAAUGCCCGGGUGGUACGAUAUCGCCAAACUGGGCGGUGACCUCAACGUUGAAGACGUCAUCCGCAACCAAGACGAACCCGGCAUCCUCCGUUCCCGCGAAUACUUCAAUGGACUUGUCAAGGAGCAGAUGGACAAGGGCAUCAAGCCUUCGCGGAUCGUACUCGGUGGAUUCUCCCAGGGCGGCGUCAUGGCCGUGUUCACCGGUCUCACAAGCAAGGAGAAGCUGGGUGGAAUUUUCGGGAUGUCGUGUUAUCUGACGCUGAGCGAUCGGAUCAAGAACUACGUUCCUGAGGACUGGCCUAACAAGGACACUCCCGUCUGGCUGGCUCAUGGUGAAGAUGACGAGGUGGUCAAGUUCCCACUGGGCCAGAUGUCGCACAAGAUGAUGAAGGAAUUGGGAGUGCAGAACGUUUCUUUCAAAUCUUACCCUGAUCUGGGACACUCGGCCGAUCCGCAAGAGAUCGUCGAUCUGGAGAAGUUCCUGGAGGAGACCCUUCCCUCCGAGGGCGACGGCUCGGCUUCUGCAGGCUUAUGA